GUCCUCACAACGUGGACUGCAGAACAGGAGGACUCACUGCCUCACUGCUGUGCAUACUGCUGGUGAUCCUGCAGCACUUUGCAAGCAGGAGUAGCCUCCACGGGGUUGAAGACACAGUGGGGCAGUCACCAGGUGGCCAGCACUGCUCCUCAUCCCAUUGAGGGGCUGCUGAUCCCACUGCUUGCCACGUCUGACCUUCGGACGGGGCUGAACUCUUCAGCUUGGUCAGGAGAAGCCGAGGGACAUCCAUCAGGGGUGGUGCACCAGGAAGAGCCAAGCCAGGGCAGAGAGGAGGCGGCACAGGGGCUGCUGGAAGGUGGCAGCAUGGCUCGGAAGAUGAGCAUUGACAAUCUGGAGGACCAGCUGCUCUGCCCCAUCUGCUUGGAGGUCUUCAAGGAGCCCCUGAUGCUGCAGUGUGGGCAUUCCUACUGCAAGUCCUGUGUACUGUCACUGUCUGGAGAGCUGGAUGAGCAGUUACUGUGCCCUGUGUGCCGUAAAUCUGUGGACUGCAGUGCUUCACCACCCAACGUCACGCUGGCCCGUAUCAUUGAGGCACUGCAGAGCCGGGGCGAGACAGAGCCCACCCCAGAAUCCUGCCCAACGCACGACAAUCCACUGAGCCUCUUCUGCGAGGCUGACCGAGAGGUGAUCUGUGGGCUGUGCGGCACAAUUGGCAACCACAAGCAGCACAAGAUCACCCCUAUUUCUACCGCAUACUGCCGGAUGAAGGAGGAGCUGUCUGUGCUGCUAACCGAUGUCCACCGGUGCAAGAGGAACCUGGAUGAACUGUUCAGCAAGCUCAUCAACAACAAAAUCCGCAUUGCGAAUGAGGCAGAUGUCUUCAAGUGGGUGAUCCGGAAGGAGUUUGAGGAGCUGCACAGGUACAUCGAUGAGGAGAAGGCCACCUUCCUGGAGAGCGUGGAGGGGAAGGCAGCCCAGCUCAUCACCUCCAUUGAGUCUCAGGUCAAGCAGACAUCAGACACCCUGCAGAGGCUGAAGGAGAUGCAGAGCAUUCUGGAGACACUCGGCAACGAAAGUCAGCUUGAUUUCAUCCGUAAAUACAGCUCCUACCAGUUCAGGUCAGAGCUUCCUAGCCUACACCCAGGUGAUACCAUCUUCAGUCCCGUAUCCUUCAAGCCUUGUUUCCACCAAGAUGACAUCAAGAUGACUGUGUGGAAGCGGCUGCACCGCCACGUCCUGCCAGCUCCAGAGAUGCUGAAACUGGACCCGGUGACAGCACAUCCCCUGCUGGAACUCUUCAAGGGUGACACGGUGGUGCAGUGCGGGCUGUACCAGCGCCGGGACAGCAACCCCAAGCGUUUUGACUCCAGCAACUGCAUCCUCACCUGCAAGGGCUUCUCCUGCGGCCAGCACUACUGGGAGGUGAUCGUGGGCACCAGGAACCACUGGCGCGUGGGCAUCAUCAAGGGCACAGUCAGCCGCAAAGGGAAGCUCAGCAAGUCUCCCGAGAACGGCGUGUGGCUCAUCGGCCUCAAGGAAGGGAAAGUCUAUGAGGCCUUCAGCACCCCACGGGCCACGCUGCCGCUGACCGCCCGGCCGCAGCGCAUCGGGAUCUACCUGCACUACGAGAAGGGCGAGCUGACCUUUUACAACGCCGACAGCCCCGACGAGCUCAGCCCCAUCUACACCUUCCAGGCGGAGUUCCAGGGCCAGCUCUACCCCAUCGUGGACCUGUGCUGGCCGGAGCGAGGGCCCUUCUCCCCUCCCAUCAUCCUGCCCGCGCCCGCUGCCGGCCGGCACUCCCAGGGGCCCCCCGCGGCGGAGGAGCCCACCAAGCUGUAGGGCGCAGCACCGCGGCCCUCUCGGCACAGCUCCCAGCGCGGAGCCCCGCGCCGCUGUCCCCGUGUCCUCAAUAAAGCUGCGGUUGUGCUGCC